CAAAAUUUGAAAAUAACAGAAAAGAAAAAUAAUACGGAAUUACGGAGUAAUAAACAAAUGAGUUUCUCUCUCCUCAAACUCCAAAACGCCCGCACAGUCUUUCCUCCUCCUCCUCCUCCUCCUGUUAAAUGCCUUUGUUAGCUUUGUUUUAAUGUCGUUUCAUGUCUAAUUCGUCCAUAUACACCUCACAAUUCCACUUGAAAUUCGCAUUAUCUUUUCAAAAUUCCACCUAAAUUCUACUUGAAACUCGCAUUGUCUUUUCAAAAUCCAACUAUUUCCACAAAAGCCCCAAAAUUCAGGGGAGAGAAAAUGGGGAAAAAACCGAAACAAAAAAAGUCGACCUCGAAUAGAAGGAGAAAAGAAGAGGUUUCGGAAGAUUGGUGUUUUGUAUGCAAAGAAGGUGGAGAUCUCAUUCUCUGUGACCACAAUUUUAGGAAGGCACAAAUUGGAUCAAGCAACCAAAGAUUUCCUUGAAGGAUCAGUGUGACCAGUCCACAAAAAGAUCAUGCAAAAGUUUUGGAUCUCCUUAAUUACCUUCUUAGGCAAGAUGAAAAUUUGGCACCAAAAUGAUUGCAUACUUAAGAGAAUAGUUUGCACCAGUUGUAGCCUGCUAGCACAACAAGGGGCACGCCAAGAUACCGGAAUGGAAAAGACCCUUCAGGAAUGUGAAUAGCAGACAGAAUUGCAGCUUUCUCAGUGGAGGAGAUCCCACCAAGAUAAAUGUUACUUUUAUCAAGAUUAGCCUCAAGGCCAGAAGCAGCAGAAAACUGAUAAAAGCAGAAAGCAACAUCUGAACAGAUUGAAUGUCUGCUCUGGAGGACAUGAGUAGAUCAUCAACAAACAAGAGAUGAAUGAUAGCAAGUUUCUUACAUUUGGGAUGAAAGUUGAAAGCAGGUUGAGCUUGAAGCUGCUGAAGAUGCCUGGGAUUGCUUAAAAUCAUAUCACCCUCAGUGCGUUGGAAAGGAUGAUUCUAUUCUGGACCGCGAAGAGAAUUUUAGAUGUGAUUGGCAUUUCUGCUUCAAUUGCAAGAGAGCUGCGAAAUUCCACUGCUUUUGCUGUCCAAAUGCUGUUUGUGGACUGUGUGUGGGUGAAGCAGAAUUCGUAACGGUCCGAGGGAUCAAAGGAUUCUGCUGCAAUUGUCUAAGGCUUGCCUUGCUUUGGGAGGAAAAGAAGGAUGUCGACUCAGAUGGGGAGAAGGUAGAUUUUACUGAAAGAGGGACUUGUGAAUUUCUCUUUAUGGAUUAUUGGGAAAUUAUCAAGAAAACUGAGGGUUUGGAACUGGAAGAUCUCCAAAAGGCACACACUUUGUUGAAGAAAGGCAGAAACUACAAAUACUUAGAUGAUAGAGAUGAGUUCGCAUAUAGUAACCAAGAUAUGCUGAAAUUGAGUAACUUUGAAGACUGGGAGUGGGAGACUAUAGAGGAUUACAGUCCUUCGAAGAAAGAGAAAAAGAAGAAAAGAAAGACAUCUAUGAAAAGGACAGUCUCUGUGCAGUCAAAGGAGAAGUCCAAUAAAAAGGAGUUCAUAGGUUGGGCUUCUAAACCACUCGUUCAUUUUCUUGCAUCCCUAGGUGUUGAUACAAGCACGGAAUUAUCACAGUACGAUGUAGUGGACGUUGUUAUGAAGUAUGUGAAUGAGAAAAAACUUUUUAAUCCAAUGAGAAAGAAAAUGAUUCUCUGUGACUUGAGCCUACGAUCUUUGCUGGGGAAAUCUUUGGUGAGUAAACAUAGAAUAUACGACCUUUUAGAGCCCCAUUUAGCUGCAAAUCAAGAAGAACCAUUAGAGCAUGUUUCAAGCAGCUCAAACGAAGAUCUUAAGCCCUUAAUAAGGUUAUGUAAAAGGAAAAACAAAAGAAAUAACGAUGGACUUCGACAUAAGGAAAAAGUGAUUUCUAAGAGCACCAUGGCAUCAAUAGUUCCAGAAAACAUCAAACUUGUGUACUUGAAACGAAGCCUGGUGGAAGAGCUAUUGAAGAAAUCUGAUACUUUUGAGAGUUUUGACACCAAAGUUACUGGAAGCUUUAUAAGGGUCGAAUCAGAUCCAGAUGAUUAUAUGCAACAAAAUAGUCAUCAGCUUGUGCAAGUCACUGGUAUCAUAAAUCGAUCUGUUGAAGGAGAGAAUAUGAAAGUUAUCCUCCAUGUUUCGUGCAUGCCAUUAGAUAUUAGCAUCCAUAUGUUGUCUGAGAGUGAUUUCACCAAGGAAGAGUGUGAUCAACUGCAUCAACAAAUGAAAGAUGGACUACUUAAGAAGCUAACUGUUGUGGAGCUUGAGCACAAGGCCAGAAUGUUGCGCGAAGACAUUAUCAAGCAUUGGAUUGUGAAGGAAUUUGCAGUACUGAAGAGUAAAAUGGACAAGGCAAAUGAGAAAGGAUGGAGAAGAGAACUUGUGGAAUAUACUGAAAGAAGAAAACUACUUGAAUCUCCAUCGGAGCAAUUGCGCCUGAUACAGCAGAUUCCUGAAGUAAUAGCUGAUGAUGUAAAGCAGGAAACUAGUUCCGUGGGAGCUAAUGAAAGCUGGGAAAGAUCUUUUUGUUCUGAAAAUAAUCUGAACAAAGUAAAAGCUGCAGCAAGUAAACUGGAGGAUCCCAUCGUGUCACCUGCCAAAGUAGAAGAGCUCCAUUCUGCAUCUGCUCAUAAUGAAGAUGUUCCUGAUACAGAAAAGGGAAAUCAAGGAUCGGAUCAUUUUGGAUUUCAGAAUGACGUGAAAAUAAAAACUGCAAGUAAACAGGAGAAUCCAGAGCUUCAUUGCGCAGCAGCUCAAAGUGAAGAUGAUCCUGUAACAGAAACGGGAUAUCAAGAAUCAGAUCACCUUGAAUUUCAGAAUGACGUGGAACUAAAAACUGAAAGUAAACAGGAGAAUCACACCGUGUCACCUGCCAAAGGAGAAGAGCUCCAUUCUGCAGCAGCUCAAACUGAAAAUGAUCCUGAUACAGAAAAGGAAAAUCAAGGAUCGGGUCACUUUGAAUAUCAAAAUGAUGUGAAACUAAAAACUGGGAUGCAGACCACUGAUUUAGGUGAUGAUCAUGAGAGGGAGAAGAAGAAAAUCGGUGUGCAUAUCAUUGAUUUAAGUGAUAAUGAGAGAGUGAAGAAGACAAUGAGAAGGUAUGCACCUGCAGAAACAGAGCAAAAUGAAUGGUAUUGCAUGGGCCCACUUGGAGACGUCAGGGGACCCUAUAAAAUGUCAAUGCUCAAGCAAUGGAAUGAAUUAGCUGCUCCAUUUGCUAACAAGUUCAAAGUUUGGAAGAUAGGCCAGUGUGAAAAAGAUAGAGUGCCGUUGCCAGAUGCUUGUCGCUUAGUCUCCACAAGUAAGUAACCAUAUCUUGCCAAUCUGCACAGAGGAAGUAGAUAAUUAUUCUUGCUGGUUUAACUACUUGAUGCAAGUUUUUGCUCUAACUCUAAUCUGUUGACCAUUCAAAAGUCAGAACAUUACAACGUAGGUAAGAAGAAGUCACCAUUCGUUAGUAAAUACCUAAUGUAGCUUCUGCCAGCAAACUCUGAUUAACUAAUCUAAUGUAGCUCACUGCUCACAUAAGGGUUAUUUUGGAUUCUACUAUUUAUUCCAAGAUUGUUUUGUGUGUUCCUUUGGUUA